AUGGAGCGCUCCCCGCCCGACGGACCGCUGAACGCGUCGGGGGCUCUGGCAAGCGAGGCGGCGGCGGCGGGCGGAGCGCGCGGCUUCUCCGCCGCCUGGACCGCGGUGCUGGCGGCGCUCAUGGCGCUGCUCAUCGUGGCCACGGUGCUGGGCAACGCGCUGGUCAUGCUCGCCUUCGUGGCCGAUUCGAGCCUCCGCACGCAGAACAACUUCUUUCUGCUCAACCUCGCCAUCUCCGACUUCCUCGUGGGGGCCUUCUGCAUCCCCCUGUACGUGCCCUACGUGCUGACUGGCCGCUGGCCCUUUGGCCGGGGCCUCUGCAAGCUGUGGCUCGUGGCGGACUACCUGCUCUGCGCCUCCUCUGUCUUCAGUAUCGUGCUCAUCAGCUAUGACCGCUUCCUGUCGGUCACCCGAGCCGUCUCCUACCGGGCCCAGCAGGGCGACACGCGGCGGGCAGUGAGGAAGAUGGUGCUGGUGUGGGUGCUGGCCUUCCUGCUCUACGGACCCGCCAUCCUCAGCUGGGAGUACCUGUCGGGGGGCAGCUCCAUCCCCGAGGGCCACUGCUACGCCGAGUUCUUCUACAACUGGUACUUCCUCAUCACGGCCUCCACCCUCGAGUUCUUCACGCCCUUCCUCAGCGUCACCUUCUUCAACCUCAGCAUCUACCUGAACAUCCAGAGACGCACCCGUGUCCGGCUGGAUGGGGCAUGCGAGGCGGCUACCUCGGAGCUUUCCCCCGAGGCCCAGCCCUCCCCGCCGCCAGCCACGCCCAGCUGCUGGGAUUGCUGGCAGAAGGGGUGUGGGGAGGCCAUGCCGCUGCACAGGCGCGGGGUGCGGGGAGGCGAGGCAGCCCCAGGCACAGGGGCCGAGGCUGGGGACGCGGCCUUCGGGGGCGGCAGCGGUGGAGGUACCGCGGCCUCGCCCACCUCCAGCUCUGGCAGCUCCUCGAGGGGCACCGAGCGGCCGCGCUCACUCAAGCGGGGCUCCAAGCCAUCCACAUCCUCGGCGUCCCUGGAGAAGCGCAUGAAGAUGGUGUCCCAGAGCAUCGCCCAGCGCUUCCGGCUGUCGCGGGACAAGAAGGUGGCCAAGUCGCUGGCCAUCAUCGUGAGCAUCUUUGGGCUCUGCUGGGCCCCAUACACACUCCUGAUGAUCAUCCGGGCCGCCUGCCACGGCCCCUGCGUCCCCGACUACUGGUACGAGACGUCCUUCUGGCUGCUGUGGGCCAACUCGGCCGUCAACCCUGUCCUCUACCCACUGUGCCACUACAGCUUCCGCCGGGCCUUUACCAAGCUGCUCUGCCCGCAGAAGCUCAAGAUGCAGCCCCCCAGCUCCCUGGAGCACUGCUGGAAGUGA